UAUAAAUAGGGGCGUGGGGACGGCGAUUGUCCGCCAUUUCGUGGACGCCCGGGAAGAGGCAGCUUCUGCGGGGAGCUGAACCGGAGGGGAGCGGGUGGGCCUGUCGGAGCGCGUGGAUUGGAGCCUCGGCGUUUCGAACUCAGGAUCUCGAAAUGCAUCGUGAUUCGUGUCCCUUGGACUGUAAGGUUUAUGUAGGUAAUCUUGGAAACAAUGGCAACAAGACUGAACUGGAGCGGGCUUUUGGCUAUUACGGACCACUCCGAAGCGUGUGGGUUGCUAGAAACCCUCCCGGCUUUGCUUUUGUUGAAUUCGAAGAUCCUCGAGAUGCAGCUGAUGCUGUCCGAGAGCUAGAUGGAAGAACCCUAUGUGGCUGCCGUGUAAGAGUGGAAUUGUCGAAUGGUGAAAAAAGAAGUCGAAAUCGAGGUCCACCUCCCUCUUGGGGCCGUCGUCCUCGAGAUGAUUAUCGUAGGAGGAGUCCUCCGCCUCGCCGCAGAUCUCCAAGAAGGAGAAGCUUCUCUCGAAGCCGGAGCAGGUCACUUUCUAGAGAUAGGAGAAGAGAAAGAUCACUGUCUCGGGAGAGAAAUCACAAGCCGUCUCGAUCCUUCUCUAGGUCUCGAAGCCGAUCUAGGUCAAACGAAAGAAAAUAGAAGGCCAGUUUGCAAGAGAAGUGGUGUGCGGGAAGGACUUCAUUUUGACAGGAGUGUGCACGGGAUUCAAGUUUUGUUGGAGGCUUCAUAAGCUUGGUGCAUUUUUAAGAUGUUUUAGCUGUUCAAAUUUGUUUGUCUCUUGGAACAGUGACACUCAUAACAAUGUAAUUCUCCAUGGUUUCAAAUGGAUCAUAGGAGGCAUGUAAUACCAAGAAUUGUUACUUUACAAUGUUCCCUUAAGCAAGAUUGAAUUUGCUUUGAACUUUAGUUUUUCAUAGACUGAAAUAAACUGAAAUCUUACCCAGCUAAAGUGUAAUGUGAUGUUAUAGAAACAACCGGCAGAAAUUGAAUAAAGAUAAUAGUUUUUUCAUAGCUGGGAUGCAAUGUACAGCUGCAGGUGAAUGAUAAGUAGUCUUUAAAAGCUGCUGAGUACAAGCCAGCAGGUAAAAAUAGGAGUUGUGCACCAAUAAACUAGAGGUUUUGGGAAAUCUGACUGGUUCUCACCCUGGGCGGAGGUUGCCUGAUUGGUGUAGAAAUCUAAAUUUACCAUUGCUUAGGUCAUAAGUUGCUUAACAUGAUUUCAAUACAUGAAUACAUAGCUAUUUGGAACUUUGAGAUUUCAAAAUACCAAUUCCUGUCAGUUUAAGGGUACAUUGUAGAGCUGAACUUUUGAGUUACUGUGCAAGUUUUGUUUUUUUUUUUUUUCAUGCUGUCAUUUGUAAAAUGUUUGUGCAAAUCCUUGGGAUUAAAGUUUUGGUUAUAAAUUGUUGUUGAACUUGAAAGCCUGUUUUUCCUUGCACAUUCAAAUCUGUGAGCUUGGUACCAAGUCCAGGUAUAACAUUCCUAUUGGAAGCCAUACUUAUAUUUUCUUGUAAAGUGCUUUUGAAUUAAUAAAAUAUUAGCAUAAUUGUGCAGUAGUCAGUUGAACACUGUUAACCAUUGUUCUUACCCCAUGGAAAGCACUUGGUUACCAGUUAAGAAACACCUGAGUGGCACUGGAGUAAUGAAGGGAGCUUUGGUUAUCACCCGAAGUGAUUAUUAGUGGUUACCCUUUUUUUAGGAGUUGAAGCCAGUUCAGGAUCCAUGAUGCUUAAUGACAUUUUAAAGUAAGCACCGAUGUGUAUUGUAACUGAAAAGUAAGUUGCCCAUUUAAAAAAUGGUUUUGAUCUUCAGCAUGAAAACGUUCCACAAAGUUUUUGAAAAUUGAUACCAUUUUAUAAUUUGAGGUGUUGCAUGGGAAUUCCAAACUAAUACAUUAUGAUGUAAAAUUCACAAUAUGGUUCAAAUGUAAUGGUGCGCAGUGAAUAUGGAGGCAUGCAUAACCUUCCUCUUAGAAAUCUGGAGGAGUUGUGAUUUCAGAUUUUUUUUGUGCAAUUAGAUUAAAUCAUAAUGCAACAGUCUUGUGGCUUAGUUUUCUUAAAUGUACUCUUCAAGAUAGAUUUUUUAUUUUUUGGGGGGCUACACUGAUUGGGUCUUUAAAACGAAAGAUGUCAUUGCACUGAGUUCAGACUCUUUAAAAGUUACAAAAUAGGAUAUAAGUCUCCAAAAAUGUUUCUGUUAGCUUUUCACAUCUGAACAAGAAAACAGAAUUGGUGUCCAGAACAUCCCAAUAUAAACCUUUUAAUAAUGUGCAUGUUCAAGGAAGCCACUUGAUUCAGCCUCUCUGCAUGAGUUAGGAGUUGUUAGGGUUAGACUCUGUCCUUAAGGCUUACCAGUUCUGUUGGGAACAAAGCCAAGAUAGCUGGUCUACAGAAAUAAUAGACCGAUUACACUGGUAAUUCAAUACUACAGCAGGGUCUACUCAUUUUCAGGUAGCCUAAUUUGGUUCACGGAUGAUCAUUAUUUUGGUCACUUAACUGGAAGCCCUAGCUUAAGUUUUGAUGGUUUAUAGAAAAUACAGAGGCUGGGUGUGGUGGUGUACCAGAGGUAGGUAGAUCUUUUAGAGGCCAGCCUGGUCUACAUAGAGUCAGCUGGGUCUAUAGGAAGACUGUGUCAAAAAGACUUAAGAAAAGGUACAGUCUGGAAACUGAUAGAACUGUGAACUAACAUUUAGUUUGUGGUUAUUUGGAAAUGCUAAAGCUGUAAUUAGAGAUCAUAUUAGCCAAUUUUGAUCACUGUAAUACUGAAAAGUUGGUACAACUUUGACCUGGUAAUAACUACAGAUGUUAACUAGGGAUCAUUAUUACCACACAGGGAUAGGCAAGCAUUUCAGAUUUAGGG